GCUGUUGUGGCGGGAAUCUGGGCGAUGCGGUGAAAGAGGCGAGAAGAGGAGGAAUGUGCAGCAAGGCUGGGCAGAGACUGAAGGGACCAAGAAGAAGCCAAAAGGGCCAAUGUCGUGACAGGGUGUCCAUGCAUCUUGAGAGAGGGGGCUUGUGGCUGCCCUCUUUCUGUGACUCCUCAUGGCUCCCGUGAAGAUCAGCCAUGUGGUAUCAUUCUCCUCUCAGGACUCCAGGUACCCCGUGGAAAACCUGCUGGACCCAAAUGAACCAAUGAGGCCUUGGCUUGGCUCCCCUCAGGACCGCAGUGGGCAACUCAAGGUGGAGCUGCAGCUAGAACGGGCUGUGCCCAUCAGUUACAUCGAUGUGGGGAACUGUGGCUGCGCCCUCUUGCAGGUGGAUGUGGGACGUUCCUCCUGGCCUCCAGGCAGGCCUUUUCUGACCUUGCUUCCCAUGGCCACACUGAUGUCACCAGCUGACUCCAAACUGGGAAAGAACCGCUCAGGGGUCCGCAUGUUUAAAGACGGGGAUUUUCUGGCCCCAGCAGCAAGUGAGAGCUGGGAUAGGCUUCGAGUGACUUGCAGCCAGCCCUUCAACCAUCGGCAGCCCUUUGGUCUCAUGUUCCUUCGUGUGCGUUCUCUGUUGGAGCCCGGAGAAGACCCUGAGAACUCUCAAGCGCCUGACCGCAAUCAGGUGGAGUCCUCUGUACAAGCGUCUCAAGCCAGCCCUUGGCUUGCCAGCCCUGCCAUCCGGAGAACCUUCUUCCCAGAUCCACAGCCGAGCCUUGGACGGGUGACUGAGCUCAGGAGCCGUCUCCAGCAGCUACAGCCUGGGGCUUUAGGUCGCUCAGCCCGCAUGGUGCUUUCUGCUGCCCGCCGGGCCCUUCCAUCUACCUCAAACAGUCUUGGGUGCCACCAAGGGGAACCAUCCCCCAACCACACAGCCAGCUCAGAUGUGCCUGAGGCUGAGGAGCCAGCAUCACAGGAGAAUGAGUCAAGUAGGACAAAGAAACAGAAGCUACGAAACCUAAGGAGAAGACCUCCAGCCAACUCAGGUCCACAGCAACGCAGGAAGGUGAGGCCAAGACGACAGCCCCCCCAGCCACAGACGAGCAGUGACCAUAGUCAGGAGAGUGGGCAGUGCCCUAUCUGUGCAGGGUCCUUCAGCUUUGAGGUCCUUCCCCUCCAUGCUGCCACCUGUGGAGAGAGCACCCCAUCUCACCCAGCCUCACCCUCCUCGUCCUCUUCCUCCUCCUCAUUGUCCCCACCACGGACUCCACCCUCAUUACACUCUGAGUCCUCUCCAGAGAGCACACCAUUCCCUGUCUGGGUGCAGUGCCCCAUCUGCCAGUGCCAGUUCCCAGAAAGGGAGGUGGUGUGGCAUGCCAGCAGGUGUGGGGAACCCCCUGAGAACCCCUGGAUGGGCCUGGACUAGACCUUCAUGCCCCACAUGCUUUGACUUCCUGCGCACAGCCAUCUUGCUAGAUUCCAGGAAUGUGGAGGUACAAGCUACGAGAUAAGGCCAGAGGGGACUUGUAGCCCUUGGAGCUUGUGGUCCCAGGCCUCUCCCCACCCCCACCUUUAUUUCUCUGAUGUUUUUGAAAGAGCUUGAAAUGGCAGAACUCAGGCCUGUGGGAUUGCUGAUAACAUUGGGCUCAGCUUCAUUACUAUUCCAGGUUGCCAUGACGGCUGUUGCUAGGGCCCUCAGCUCCCUGCCAACAGUCCUGCCCCUCUCCUAGGGAAGCCAAUUUAGACUAAUGGAUAAAAAGACCUGGGCUACGGUGUUCUGCCUGGUACCCCUCCCUCCUGGUGGCAGAAAAAGACCUCAGCCUUGUUCCAAAUGUAUUCAAGUAGCAACUAAGGCCCAGUGGAACCCAGGAAUGAUUUGCAAUCCAGUAGAACCUGUUCUAGGAUAUUAACCCUGUGUUCCCUGUGUUGCAAGGAAGGAGGCAAACAAUGAAGAUGCUUUUUAUGUAAAAAACCUCAUGUUUAACUCCAAGUGCUCUGGUGAGCUCAAAGUCAGAACAAUCCGAGAUACCGCUUAAUUAAUGGUCUAACUGUGACCCUGAGUAAGUCAUGAAAUCUCUUGGGUCUCAGUUUGCUCAUUUAUAACUAAGGGAUUAUUAUCUACACACCUCAGGAUUUCAGGGUUUUUGCAGGUACCCUGAAAGUUUCGCCGUAAUCUAAAAACUAAAAUGUAAUCAAUGAGACAGUAAUCUUCACGAAGUAUUGGAGGAAGGCUUCUUGGAGAAAGCUUCUCUGUCGCCCCCAAAGGCCUAAGGGGACAAGUGGCUGAAGAGGAUGGUGGGCCAGAAAGAACUGUGAGAAGUAGAGAGAAGGGUAAGAAUCAAGGGCCAAAUCAGUGGGGAGACUGCUCAGAUGGAGGGGCGUGACUGCUCCCCUGGGAAAGGUCCUUCCCUCCCCCCAGCUGGAGCAUCGGGCAGCACUGAAGCAUCCAGGAAGGCCUGGAGGAGGAAGGCACGUUCUUGGAGGAAUGGCUACAUGCUGAAGCAAGUAUAGAAGAGAGUGACCAAGAUAGAGAGAGGCCUGGGAACCAUAUCGUAUGGGGACUGGUUAAAGCAGAACUAGGACCAGUGAUAGGAAGGUGCAGAGAAUUCAGUUUAAUAAAAGGAAAAACAUCUGAAAAUGGCAUUGUUUUCCGAAAACGAAGUGGACUUUUUGAAGGUGUUGCAUUGCCCAGUAUUGGAGCUCUUCACGUAGAAGUUUAAUGACCACUUGUUGAGGGAUUCAGUAGAAUGGGUUCUUAUUUGGGUACAAGUUGGUCUGAACAACCCCUGAGGUCCCUUUCAGUUCUAAAAUUAUGUGAUUCUAAGCCAGGGAGAGUAUACAAGAAGAGGGUGUGCUUAGGGGACCCAGCUAAGCUUUCUCCCAUCGUGCUGCUCUUCCACAGUUGGGGUGACAGGGCCU